CUUUAUUGGAGUAUUUUGACCACCAGUCGCUGUGGCGGCGAUUCCUGCCGCUUUCUCAUGAAUGUGUAUCCCUGUCACAACCAUAGACGGGGUUGCUAUUACUUUUUUCUAAUCAAGUGGGAACCGACAGCUGGUGAAAAUGGGAGGAAAUGGAAGCACGGCCAGAAAAGUGUCAUUUGGACUGGACGAAGACGAGAAGGUCACAGUAAUUGAAGGAGUGAAGCUCUCAGAGGAAGUGCUCCGGCGGAUGAGGGAAUCUCAGGGGUCUGACAGCGUCAAGCCACCACUGUCUCCACUGGACAGUCACAAGCCACCACCGCGUCCAAAACCAACAGGACCAUCCACUACAGAAAUACAGGAAGAACUGCGCAAAGACUUUGAGCAUCAACAGGCCCUGGUGCAGGAGCAGUUAGCCAGACUGGCCCAGAGGGAGAGAGAGACUGCUGCGACCACAGGCGUGGAUGAGCUGAUGCCCGCUCUCAUCAUUGAGAAAGGGAAAGCCCGUGAAGAGCAAGAAAGGGCUAAGAUGCUGCCAGCAGAUUUGGAUGUCUGGGCCAAACAACUGGAGAGCAAAGAGAAGGAACUGGCCAGCAUCUCCAGCUUCUAUAAAGAGCAACUAGAAAUACUGGAGAAAAAGAACUUUGACAACUACAAGGAGACGGCUGAACAGUACAACCAGGCAGCUACCAAAGCUGAGGCUCACAUCCGACCCCGGCAGGCUGCGUCUGUGUGCACUGAACUUCAGACCAAGGUGCUCCAGUGCUACAGAGAAAAUCCACAGCAGACCCUGCACUGCUCCAGCCUGGCCAAACAGUACAUGACCUGUGUCCAGCAAGCUAAAAAGAGCUCGCCGACGAAUCAUGGCUGAGAAACCCAAAGGAAGCAGGAGCUGAAGAAGCAGAAGGCACAUCAGAUCCAUCCAUUUCUUGCCUCCUGUCCUUCUCCUAUCCAUCUGUCCAUCCAUUUAUUUAGCCACCAUCACUGAAUAACCACCUCCUCUUUCGCACUCACCACCCUUCUUGGUUUUUGAGUGUAUUAUCUUGACUUGUCACUCCAGAAUGUAUGAUGUGUUGAUUUAUUGUCAAGUUGCGCCGGCACACCCCUGCUGCUGCUGAAAUAAAUCCCAGUGAUCUGGUGGUGAUGAGA